UGACCGAUAGUGAGCUAACCGGUUUGAGUAAUUGAUUUACGCUCAGUUACAUACUCUAUAACAUCUGUAAUCAUGCAACAUUUGACAUUUCAACCGUGACAUCGCAAAAAUAGCGAUAUGGGAUACGGGAGCCAGUCUACCUGUGUAUGAAAUCGAUGACCACAAUAAUUAAAGUCAUGCUAUUUCAUUAAUUAAAUGUAAUGGUUCUAAAAAGAUAAAUUAUUUUUUUGCCUCAUUAUUAUUUGCUUACGACGUCAUCGUACAAGAGGGAAUGACCCCGAAUCCAAGCAACUAUCCGAGCACAUUGACGUGACUCACAGUUUUUAGGAAGAAUGGUUCUUUACCGCGAGGGACUUUACCAUUUGCCGAGUUUCGUUUAUAUAUGCCAGACAAUAACCGCCUACAUACACUACGGAAGAAGCUUUCUUACAUUACGAAACCCAUCUCCUAGAAAAAUAAGAAAUGCAGUCUACCCUUACUGUCUUGGUUGCAUUGGUGUGCGUGGCGAUGGCCCAAGUAUCGAUCCCUCCGGGUUACAAAGAAAGGUACCCUAACUAUUACCCGUGGGCCAAAAACGCCCGUCACCCAAGAGACGUCACGUGGGACAAGCCAGUCGGCGAUGGCAAGGUCUUUGGGACAUUGGGCUCUACCGACCAGGGGCUAUUCGGAAAGGCAGGCUACAAAGAGACCAUCUUCAACGACGCGCGGGGCAAGUUGGACGCGGAAGCUUACGGCAGCCGCGUGCUAGGCCGCACCGGGGACUCCAACCACUUCGGGGGCAAGCUCGACUGGGCCAAUGACAACGCUAAAGCCGCCUUGGACAUCAGCAAGCAGAUUCAUGGAAAAACGACUGUGGAGGCAAGCGGCGCGGGAGUGUGGAAACUGGAUAAGAAUACGCAGCUUUCAGCCGGUGGCGGGGUGUCACACACCGGCAGCGGCAAGCCCGACGUCAACGUCAAAGCACAGAUAGAACACAAGUUUUAACAGUAACCCUGUGAUAUAUAACUAUAGAUAGGAUAGGUCAAUAAACACGGAAGUAUUUAUUUUUUAUUUAUUAAAUUUUGGAGAGCUUUUAACAUAUCGUAAUAUCAUUGCAGCAACUGCGUUGUGCGUGCAAAGGUUACAACACACAGAGCAGAGCUGGGUGGAUCAACUAAGUAUUACUGGGUUGUUACUCUUUCUAGGUCACUCUCUUUUUAAGCCAUGGUUUUAUGUGUUCUGUUUUUUUCCAUAAAGGGCCAUAUAGAACAGUCUUAAGUUAAUUGAAAGCACUCACCCACCCAGGUAAGUGUUUAAUUAGCUAUACAUAGAAUCAAUGAGUCAUAAAACGUAUACCAAAUGUGAUCGUAGGAGCACGUAUUUUAAUCUAGACUUGCGUACAAGUUUCGUGCUAAAGUUUUAAAUCGCGUGUUUAUUAUUACUAUUAAAUAUUUUAUAAAUAUAUUCCAAA